CACCAUUCCUGCGUGUGUGGGGGCGUGCAAGGAUGGGACCACGAGGCUGUGAAUACCGUGGCCUGGUGGAGGCCCUUGAGGAACCUGGUGCCUUAGCUGUGGCCCGUACUGUAGUGACAGUAAGACGAGGCCGGCUACCCCUCCGCAUCCAUAAUUUGAAUAACUUUGCUGUUCCCGUAGGGCACUACCAGAAGCUGGGCCAGGUGUAUCAUAUCCGAGAUGAGGAUGUUUACAGCUCACAAGAUGUUUGCCUGACCCCAGGUGAAGAGGGCUUUGUGGAGGUGGGCCUGGUGGAUGCUUGCAACCUCGCAGAGGAAGAUGGGGCUUUUGAGGUCAUGAAACUUGCAGAUCGACCGGACCUGACGGAGGGUGAGAAGGACAGGCUAAAGCUGCUACUACAAAAGUGGGCCAAGGUUUUUUCUUCCCAAGAAGAGGACUUUGGGAGGAUCUCUACAGUGAGGCACUGCAUCCCCACAGGAGAUUCGGCCCCCAUACGGGAGCGCUUCAGGCCACUACCACCCCUGUUGUACAAGGAUAUGCGUGCCCUACUCACAAACAUGCUACAAAGUGGUGUCAUUACAGAAAGUAAAAGCCCCUGGGCUGCCCCUAUCGUGAUGAAUUGAAGAGACCCUGACCUCAAUGUCCCAAGCAGCUUGGUUUUCCACCCUAGACCUGGCUAGCGGGUAUUGGCAGGUAGAGAUGGAUCCACGUGACCGUGAAAAAACUGCUUUUACGACACCGGUGGGUCUAUUUGA